AUGACUUUUAAUCAUCCAUCGCCUUUGAACAAUCGAGCUUUUCAAGAAUAUCGUGAACCAAUCCCGGAACCUAUUGAAUUAUCUGACGACGAAUCUCAAGUUACAAAUCGACAACCGUUUAUUAUGGAAGGCAUUGAACAAGAACAAGAAUCGACAAGGAUAAAAUCCAAGCUACGAGAACCGGACACUUACCAUGGAACAAGAACUCCACAUGCUGCUGAAAGCCUGUUACGAUCUGUACAACGUUAUGCUGAUGUGACUGGAAUGAUGAAGCUGACCGAGUCCAAUAUGCCAUCAAUCUUUUUCGAGGAGAUGCUGACACAUGGUGGCGUACAAGAGAAAUUGUUGGACAUGAUGCAAGGCACUGGAUUGAUUUCUUGCAAGCUGGUACUAGACGAAUUUCGACUCGCAAUGCCAAACAGACUGCACGUGAUCGAUUGGCUGUACUUGACACAAACUGGCACCGUUGAAGAAUAUGUGAACGACUUCCGCAACCUUUGCCUGAAAUUCCAACAAUUGAUCGAUGAUGAAGCUGACCGUUUUGUACGAGGAUUAGCUGAAAACGUUCAAGUCUAUGUACGCACCCAAUUCCCGACCACAACUGCACAAGCUGAAAGAAUCGCAUUCGCCUACGAAGGAGCCAUGUCGUUACACCAAAACGCUCGACAAGAUGACAAGACUUGA